AACCUUUGAAGGUUUAAGAUCGAUGAUAAACCUUUCGAAAAAACCUUUAAGGGUUUUUUAAGGGGUUUAGUUCGCUUACUAAACCCUUUAAGGUUUAGUAAACGACGCUUUUUUUUUAGAGUGUAGAAGAUUAUUGGACAGGACUUAUUUUUGAAAGUUACCAAAUGAAUGACAAUGGUUUUCUUAAUUUAAGAGAAAUUUACGCGAGAUAACUAUUGGAAAAUGAAGAAUAGACAGAACUUUCCAUUGAUAGUUAUAAAACGAGGAAAGUACUGACUAUUUACCUUUUUUUUUUAACCAAUCACUCACUUAAUCAUCCCAUUGUUAAACUGUUAAUCUCAAUAGAAAAUUUUCAAAAACAAUCCGUUUCUGAUUAUAUAUCUGUUUGUAAUGCACAUAAGAUGUAUGUACUAAUCUAAUGAAUUUACACAUUGAAUAGUUUAUUGCUAACAAUGACAUUUUUAUUGACCUUCGUAUUCUUUUCAUACAAAAUAUUUAUAUAUUUUUUAUAUUAGUUCUCUCUCAAUUAAUCAUUUUUCAAUUGAUCAUUGAAAAUUUUCAAUGAGUGUAGAUGAAAGAAACAUGCAAUUAUCACCUAGUCUAUUAUUAAAAGUACGAUGUAAAUGCUAAUUUUAUGACACACUCUUUAUUAGAGAAAAAUUAUCAGCCAUAUUUCCUCAUUACAAAUGUAAAUACAUUUAGAAAGAGAAAGAAAGUUUAAGUAUUUAAAGAAGAGAAAGAAAGAAAAGAAAAGAAAGAAAAAAAAAAGGAGGAAAACGAACAGGUGAGACAAUUAAACAUUGUUGUUUUAUUCUCAAUAUUUUUAUUAUCAUUUACUUUGAACGCGAUGAUAAUGAAGUUCAACAACACUCUCGUUUUUUUUUCUUCUUCUUGUCUUCCAGGUGUUGAGGAUAUAUGGUCGAAAAAACCUAUAUUAAAAUGAUUUCCGUUUUUCACUAAAUAGGUGAGUGAUCAAAAAUUAAAUAUAUUUUCUAAAAUAAGAUUUUCUUUCGUCUUUUAACACACUAUAUAUGCUACAUAGAAAGAUAUUUUUGUAUGUUUUGUUUAUUUCUUUUUUUCAUCAUUUAACAUCAAGUUGAACAAUUUUUGUUUUAAAUUUUAGAUGCAAACAGUUAUUUUUCUAAUGUCCAUUUUUAUUCUUUUUUCUCUUGUCCAUUUCUGUGUUGUUUAUUCUAAUUCACCACGUAUAAUCACAAUUCACGUUGAUGAAGAAAUACCAUUAAAUACGGUAUUGUUUACAUAUUUACCAACCGAUUUAUCUACCUAUCGUUUAUUUGAUACAAAUCGUAAUCAUAAUUCAUUUGUUAAAUUUGAUUCACAAACAGGACGUUUAAUAUUACAACGUUCAAUUGAUCGUGAACGAUUAUGUAUUGAACAUAUAUGUGAUUGUUUAAAAUGUGAAUUAAAAAUAGAAAUAAUUGAAUGGCAACAAGCAACAACAACCUAUUCUGUUUUAAAAUUAAUAUUAAUUAUUGAUGAUAUUAAUGAUAAUUAUCCAAUAUUUAAUCGUAAUUCUUAUGAAUUAAAUAUUAUGGAAAAUGUACCAAAAAAUUUUUUAUUACAAUUAGAAUCAGCUAGUGAUGCUGAUUUAAAUAAUAAUGGUAAAAUUGGUUAUGAAUUAAUAUCAUUGAAUAAAUCAUUAUCAUUACCAUUUGUAUUAUAUCAUAAUGAAAAAACGAAUACUAUAGCAUUACGAGUAAUUGAAGAAUUAGAUCGAGAAUUAACGGAUACAUAUUUAUAUCGUUUAAUAGCGUACGAUUAUGGUCAUCCAAGAAAACAAAGUUCAACCAUUCUUCAUAUUAUAGUUAAUGAUGUUAAUGAUAAUAUACCUGUAUUGGAACAUCAAUUGAUUAAGUUAAAUAUUAGUGAAGAUACUUCAAUUGGAACAGAAUUAACAAGAAUAAAUGCCACCGAUGCUGAUAUUGGAUUGAACGGAAAACUCCGUUAUUCCAUAACAAAUGGUAUUCCAUCUGUAUGGAUCGAUCAUUUUCGUAUUAAUGAAAUAACAGGAGUUUUAACUCUUGUUGGUCCCGUUGAUUAUGAAUCUGAACAAUAUUUUCGUCUAACUGUACAAGUUAAAGAUCUUGGUGAAAGUUCCAUGCCAGUAUUUUGUACAAUUGAAUUAAAUAUCACAGAUAGAAAUGAUAAUGGUCCCAAUGUUUACAUUACAUUUGUUGAACAACUCGACUAUGGAUUGUAUGAAAAUCGUUCAACAAUUUACAUUCGAGAAAAUAUUCAAUCGGGACAAAUUAUUGCGCAUGUAGCAGUAAACGAUUUGGAUUCGAAUGAAAAUGGGCAAUUAGAAUGGAAAAUUGAGAGUAAACUAUUACAAACAAAAACCAUUGAUAAUCAAUCUUUUCUACUUAUAACUCGUAAUGAUAUGAUAAUUGAUCGUGAAAAACAAGAUCAUGAUAAAUUAAUUCUUAUUGUCAAUGAUAAAGGUAUACCAAAAAAGACAAUUCGAAUGGAAUAUAACAUCAUAGUUAUGGAUGAAAAUGAUAAUGAACCUAUAUUUAAUGAAACAAAUUGUAAUAUUCAAUUAAUUGGAAAUAAAACACACGGUAAAUAUUUAAAAUCUAUUAUGAUAUCGAAAAACCUUGGCAGGGUACCACAUAAAGAUCCAUUAUUUAUUGUUAAUGCAUAUGAUAUCGAUAUUAAUGAAAAUAGUCGUAUAUCGUAUAAAAUAGCACCGCCCAAUGAUAAAUAUUUUUAUAUUACAUUUGAUGGUGAAGUAUAUGUGAAUAAUACACUUGAUUAUGAAACAGCAAGAGAAUAUAAAUUAGAAAUAAUUGCACAAGAUAAUGGUAUAUCUGUUCAAUUAAAUAAAACAAAACAAUGUCUAAUAUCAAUUCAAAAUUUAAAUAAUUAUCGAUCGAUUUUUGAAAAAGAUAAUUAUGAAUAUUAUUUAGAUGAGAAUAGUCAAGUGCCAUCUACAAUUGGACAAAUACAUGUUAAUGAUUAUGAUCAUACUAAACAAUUAUAUUAUUCACUUAUAUCAAAUAUAACAUUUCUUCCAUUUAGUAUAGAUGAAUAUGGUACACUUAUACUUGUUCGACCACUCGAUUAUGAACAAAUUAAACAAUAUAAUUUUUUUGUCAAUGUAAAAGAUAAUGAACAAUUAAAAAUUAAUGUACCAGUUCGAAUCUAUGUUCAAAAUAUAAAUGAUAAUUGUGCAAAAGUUCAUAUUACAUCCAAUAUAUUCUAUAUUAAUAUUGAUAAUUUAACAGAUAAUUAUGAUAACCGUAAACAAUUAGGACAAAUUCAAAUUGAAGAUGCUGAUAAUGAUACAGCCAUAUUAACAAUAUUAAAUUCACAACAAUCUCCUGUUGAAUUAAUACAAUUAUCUCAUAAUCAAUAUAGCAUUUUUCCAGUUAAUAAGUCAAAAUUAUUUGAAGGGCAAUAUUUAAUUGAAGUUAAUGUAUUUGACGGACAUUAUACAUAUAUUGAACGAUGUGAUUUAGCAAUAAAAAUAAUGGUUGUUUGUGGUACAAAUCAAACGAAUAAAACAAGAGCUUUAUUAUUAGGUGAAGAAGAAUUAUUACGAAUUCUACAACAAAAAUCAACAUCAAUAACAUCAUCUACGAAAAUUCAUCGAUACUAUUAUUAUUUAAUUACUUUUUUAUGUUUUAUUAUUGUACUUUCGUUUGGUACAAUAUUGACUGCUAUAUGUUUACAUACAAUUAUGUGUAGUAGUCAAAGUAGACGAUAUAAUUGUAAACGAAAAACAAUUGAAUAUCAACAACAACAACAAAAAUUGUACGAUAAAUAUAUUGGAGAUAAUGGUAGUAGUGGUGAUGGUAGUAGUAGCAGUAAUAAUAUGGGUAGAAAAGAUGAUUUAUUAUUACAUGAAAGACAAAUGUUGGUGAAUAGUGAUGAUGCAUCAUUUGAAUCCGACUCGACAAACGAAAGAACAAGAAAUAUUUUAUCAAAUAGUAUCAACGUUGAUCAAACAUUAUUACGACCCAGCACUGGUGACAGAAAUCUUCGAAUACGCAAUAGUUAUCCGCCACCAUACUUAUCCAUGAGAAACAUGUUGGAAAAGAAAAGUUUGACACCAACUCCUUACAAACCUAGAGACAGUGGUUAUGAAUCAAUGGAUGCUGAUUCAUCGUCACCUUCACAACAACAACCAUCACAUCAAAUUCAUUAUACAAAACGCUUAUUAAUUAGAAGAGAUUUACAUAAACCGUGUAACUGGUAUCGCCAUAAAAACGAUGGCGUCGAUCUGACUGUAAAUACUCAUGUAACCGGUAUAUCAAGUAUAUCAUCAUCAAGGUCAACAACAAGUACCAUGAAUGAACGUCCAUCACCACCACAACAACAUUCGUCCGCUAAUAAUUUACACUAUUUUAAAGAAACAGAAAUGCAAACGUUUCGUCGACCGACAGUUCGAUUAGCUGAAGAAGAAAAAAUUGAUGUAUAG